CCACAGCAGAGUCAUAGAGUCACCAUAGAGUGACAGAGCCGAACAAAGACUCACGGCCAAAGGUCAUCUCCAAACUGGACAGCUGAAUGAGGACCCUCCGGGACCCUCCGGGACCCUCCUUUGUUUUAUUAAUUGGCUGCGUGCAUGCAGUGUACUAGGUGUCAGUAGUGUCAGUAGUACACCGCGUUGUUGUUUCAGCUGAAGAAUUUCAGCAUUGGACGGCAUCUAUUUUCUCGAAAAGCCGCCAUCAAGUGUCAAUUCGCUUGAACGGAGGAAAGAGCUCACGAAGCUCAAAAUGUCCGACCUACGCUCGUUGGAGCAUCCCACUCUCAAAGUGCCUUACGAAAUGCUGAACAAGCGUUUCCGCAGUGCCCAGAAGACCAUCGAGCGAGAAAUGUCCCACGUGACCACGGCCAGGAACACCUUGGAGAGGAAUCUUCACUCGCCUGAAAACCUCAGCGAUUUGGCCACCAGCCUCGAUGUGCUCGUCGAAAAGAUGGAGCAAUUCCAGUCCAAGGCCGAUGAGGCCGUCCAAUCCGAGGUAGCCGUUAUGGAGAACCUCAAACAGCGCCUCACCUACUUGAAGGGUGGGUGUGUCCCGGAGCACGAUGAAACGCCGGCCUUGCGAGCCUGGCAAAAGACCAGGGUGGAUCGCAUGUUGGUGGAGCAUUUCCUCCGAUCCGGAUUCUAUAACUCUGCCAUCAAAUUAGCUCAGGUGGCAAAAAUUGAAGAUCUGACCAAUAUCAAUCUGUUCUUAGUGGCCAAGGAAGUCGAGGAGGCACUGCUCAAGAAGGAUACCAGCCAAUGUCUCAAUUGGUGCCACGACAACAAAUCGAAAAUGCGGAAAAUGAAGUCCACCCUCGAGUUCAACGUUCGCUUGCAAGAGUUUAUUGAAAUGGUGAAACAGAACCGUAAAAUGGACGCAGUGAAGCACGCCCGAAGGUUUUUGAGCACCACCGAGCACGAACAGAUGGCCACGGUCCAACAAGGCAUGGCCUUAUUGGCUUUUCCCCCUGGUACCCGGAUUCAACCCUAUUGUGACAUGUUCAAAGAAAGCCGUUGGCAAGAGCUCAUAGAGCAAUUUCGAGCCGAAAACUACCGAUUAUUUCAGCUCUCGAAUCAAUCGGUCUUCUCCGUGGCCCUACAGGCCGGUUUGUCAGCCUUGAAGACUCAGAAAUGCUAUUCAGAUCGCAACUUCGAAUGUCCUGUGUGUCAAGUGCCAUUGAAUGGCCUGGCUGAACAUCUACCUUUCGCUCAUUGCUCCCAAUCCAAGCUAAUUUGUUACAUUACGGGCAAACCUUUGAACGAGAACAAUCAGCCCAUGAUGCUGCCCAAUGGGUACGUCUACGGCGAAGAUGCUCUCUCAAGCAUGUCCAUGGGCAACGAUGGCCGAAUUGUCUGUCCCCGGACAAAAGAGAUCUAUUCAUUCACCGAAGCUGAGAAAGCCUUUGUCAUGUAAAUCAUUCAAGAACUAAUAACACUUUAAAAACGAAGAAUUUGCACUCGAGUUUUCGAGGAAGAAACUUACAUUAGUAUUGAACCUUGGAGUCUAGAAAUAAGGAACACAGAACACAACCUCAUGAAAGGUUCACACGGCAUCCUGAAUUACGGCAUUACUUCGGGCUGGACAGAACCGUGAUCGUUCGAAUUCGAGGAUUGUUUGAGAACUGGAUCCGUAAGGGGUGCUCCUAAUAAUGCCUUUCUUGAAUCUACAUCGGAUCCAUCAUUAGACCUAGGAUGCGGGUUGUCGGCAUUCGUAAUAAUUGUGACAUCUUCACUGGAGUCGGGAGAUUGACCAAUACUUUGAGACUCUUCUUUCACGCUUUCACCUUUUCUUAGGGGAUUAUAACUCUCAGUAACUUCAUCACUCUUAUUCAACUCGGGUUCUUCGGCUUCCGAUUUGACUUUGGCAUGUUCGGAAGAUGUCACGGUUGCUGCUGGCUCGUCUCCGUUUUUCUGAGAAUCUACGUCUGCCUUGUUUGAUCCGGGCGAUGGCGAGGCCAAUUCAAUCAAGUUAUACUUGCGGUAGUGAGCGUAAUUGGGCAAGACACCUAUGCAACAAUUGCCUUUCAUCACUUCGACCAUGACGGUCAAGUUGGGUUUCUUAAAGUCCACUUUGGCUGCGUCAUUGACUUGGCGAACCAGACGACCGAUCAUCCGGGUGAUGUGAUCUUUGUUCAAGUUGCUAUUGAGUCGACAUUUGAAUUGAACUGCGUAGCUGACCUCUGAUUUGCCCUUAAACCAUCGCGGAAGGAUGGUCUGAAUGGCCUUCUCGAUAGCCGUCUCUUGA